UCUGUUUAUUUUCAAAACCCUAGAAAAGUGGAAAUUUUAGUAUUAGAGAAUUUGUUCAAGUAAAUUCAAGCGAUGAAGUCAUCAAAGAUUGGAAACGAGAAGAAUCGGAAGCUUAGCAAUCAUAUGGUUACUCUUCAUCAACGACUCUAUCAAGCUCUUAAUCUCGGAAUCAAAAACUAUGAUAAGGAAGGAAAGAAAUGGCAGUGUACAGAUAUUGAAAUUCAAAGGCUAGCAGUUCGUUCAAUUUCAGCAUUUGUUGCUUCUCUUUCACCAGAUAUUUUAAGAAAUCCAGUUAUAGAGAGUUCCAUCGCUGAUAUUUUGGUGGCAUUGGAAGGAAUUCUUCAAUCCAGAAAUGAGAUGCUACUUGGCAUGGCAACAACUGUGACUGUGAAGUUGGUGGACAUUCUUGGCAGUUCUAUGCUUUUAUAUGGUGUGUCAGAACUUGUUCAAUCAUUGUCCUCAUUGCUUUCCUUCCAUCAAUCUUCAGUAGCCGUUUCUUGUGCGAACGUCUUGAGACGUAUCAUCUCGAAAUUGAAUCCAAGAAGAUUCAAAAACCACAAUGAGGUGUGGGAAAUAGUGGUUGAGAAAAGGAAUAUUGACUGUAUAAUCUGUAACUUACAUGAUUUUGUAUUCGGGGAUCAAACAAUUGAAUAUUUUGAAGAGAUGGCUUCUCUUUUGAAGACAAUAAUUGGGCAAUGGUGUCCCUCUAGGUACGAUGUGUGGAGCAAUGCUAAACUACUAAAAGCCUUAGAAGUUGCUUGUGGAAAUCCUAAUUCCAAUGUUAAAGUUGCUGUUUUGCAGUUGUAUUCUGCAUUAGCUUUAUGUGGUUAUGGGGCUAUAACACUCCUUGAAAAAGGAGAAUCCUUUCUGUCGACGAUAGUGAAUUGCAUGGGCAGCUCCCAACCUUUUUCUGUUCGUGCUGAGGCAUUCAAAAUUGCUCAAUUUUUAAUGAAAUCUGAGCAAGGUUGUCUCAGAAUAACAAAGCUGUACUGCGAGCCUAUUAUGAAAGCCAUAAUUACUGCGAUGGAUGAAUGCAGCUAUUGUGGAAAGGCUUCUUCAGAUCAAGGAAUUUUAUUAAUGGAGGCAUGCCGUUUGGCUUUAAUAACUCGCUGGGCAGGAGACCAUCACACCUACCUUUGGAAGUUUGGGGUUGACCGUAGUCUGCUCGGUCUCCUUGAUAAUAACUUCUGUAAAAACAAAAAAUCCACAUCAUUCUCGUCAUCAAGAGAAGAAAUAGACAUUGCAAAAGAGGUUCUUGAUUCUAAUUCCAAUGGGGCUUUAACACCAUACAUAUGGGAUGUUCUUGGAUGGCUUGCGACGCACUGCAGAGAAGAUUACAACCCUAAGAAGGAGGGAAAGCUCAACUGCUUUAAUGUUCUUAUUGCAUGUGCCUGCUUGGUCUUCAAGGAUUCAAUUCAUACAGGACGCCAAGUUUGUCAAAAUGACGUCUCUUACACGUCAGUAUAUGAACCUGCAUCUAGGGCAGUUCUGCUGUUGAUCUUUUCCCCCUGCGAGUACUUCGCAACCCAGGCUAGACACAUUUUAUCUAAACUAUUGAUAUCGAGCACAGAUCACCUGAAAUUUCUACUUAAUUUCCUUAAGUCCACCUCUCAGGAUACGUUUUCUGUGUUGGAUAAUCUGAAAACAGUCACUAAUUUGAUACAUUUGGUGUGUUAUUUGGGUUUGCCAGAGUACCAAAGCUUAGUUACUCGAAAUGAAGGUAUUAAGAUUUUAUCAACUUUCAUCAGUUGGUGCUUAAAAAACCGUGUUGAAAUUCGACGUUCAAGAGUCGCCCCUCAUCUGCGUGAUAUAUAUGGUGAAAGAACUUGUUGUUGGGUUGAGAGAGAAGAUUGGGAGGGCGCAGAUAUUCUUUUGUUUUAUGGUUUGUGGGGACUUGCUGAGUUGAUAUCUAAUUCAAUAAGAAAUAGUGAAGAAGUCUCUGAUCAGCUUACCGUUGGCACAUCAUUCAAAGGUUCUGAAAUUCAAGUUUUAGUUGAUGAACUGCAGAAGAUCUUUGACAAAAGCUUCAGUUCUGGAUGUAGAUGGUAUUCCGCCUAUAUUCUCAGUUUUUUUGGAAUAUAUGGUUUUCCAGAUAGAAUUGGCCAUAGACUCGGGAAAGCCCUUCAUGAAAAAGAACAUGCAGACAUCUUGCUCCGACUUUCAAACGAGGAGUCUGUGAGUGUUCAUGGUGUUAUUCUUAUUAUGAGAUGUCCGAGUAUGUUGCCAAGUGGAGCAGUUUCUUUGGACAGCACAAAUUUCAGGAGGGAAGUCCGCUUAUCUUCACGCGUUGAUAGUAAGACACUAGCAAAGCUAUUAGAAUUCGCUUACCUUGGAUUCGCGCAUGUGGGCAAGGACCCAGUGAAACAGUUGAAAAUUCUUGCCAAAGCCUGUAAUUUCAAUUUUCUAUCGCGUAUCCUUUGUAGAAAGCGCCCAAAUUGGGGAGCUAUUAUUCCCAGUUAUGACUUCACACCUGCUCUUGGAUCAGAUGGUCAUCAAUUCUCUGAUGUCAUUGUGGAGGCUAAGGAAAAGGCAGAGAUGAACUUUAGUUGCACUACAUGCCCUCAAUCAAUGCCUCACAUGCAUGUCCACAAAAUAAUAUUGUGGUUGAGCUGUGAUUAUCUUAGGGCACUGUUUCAGUCCGGGAUGCAGGAGAGCCAGUCUCAAAUCAUAAAGGUCCCCUUAAGUUGGGAAGCAUUGGAAAAGUUAGUCACCUGGUUUUAUUCAGAUCAACUUCCAAAGCCUAGUUCUGGAUGUUUAUGGGAUAAUAUGGAUAAGAAGCAGCAGAUACUUCAACUGCUCCCGUAUGUUGAGAUCUGUUGGCUUGCUGAAUUCUGGUUUUUGGAAAAUGUCAGAGAAGAUGCUCUAGAAGUGGUUGUAUCUUUUCUAAACUCUAGUAGACACUUGUGUAUGGAAAUCAUACAGAUUGCUGCAGAACUCUCUCAAUGGGAAAUAGUUGAUGUUGCUGCAACUUAUAUGGCCCCUAUGUAUCCCCAAAUGCGCGAUUCAGGUGAUCUGGAAUCAUUGAGUCACGAGCUGGUUGAUUUGGUGCGCGUUGCUUAUGUUCGGCUUACUCAAGAGGGAACAUCCAAUAAUGCAGGUUAGAUACUAUAUAUACACAUAUAGGAAAAACUAGUAAAACUAGUAAGUCGUAUUAUUUCUCGAAUUUCUUCAGCUACAACUGUCUUGUGAAACUAAGGUGGAAAACCUUAUUCGCGAACCUCAAAUCAAGAUGAUUCUUCAGUGCCCCCAAACUUGCUUAUAAAGAGGUCAGCUGCAGUACAGAUCAAUCUUUUUUUGUGUAGAGAUUGGUACAUAAAUACAGAUAUAUUUCAGUUAUGGAGGCGGUUUCUUGCAGAAUUUUUGAGUUAUGGUUCUGGAAGAUGAACUCUGCAGCAAGUAGGCACCGAAAGGGAACAAUACAAGGAUCCAUUCUGGCUUCAUCAGUACAGUGUACAGAGAUGGUGCAUAUUUUUGCCCCAAGGGAACAUUUUACUGCAUUAGGUUUAUAAUGCUGCUGUUGUUGGUAUUGCACACAACGAAAUUUGUUUUAGGUUAAAAUUUUUUUUGUUCUUUUUUGAGAGAACCUCAUUUGUUAUAAACUUGAAACGUCAUGUGUUGUAAACUAUAGUCGAAUAGAAUCUCUCUUUUCCUCUGAA